CAUACUCAAACUACAGUAGAACACAUUCUCCAAGUAAAGACCACGUGUUUCCAUUAGUGAAAAAUUAACCUGUACGUAUAUCGUCUAUCGUAUUAAACCUAUAAUUAAAAAUAUGUCAAAUGCUACAAGCAGUUAUAUUACUUCAAGUAAUCAAGUUCGAGAUGGAGACGAGAAUUGCGAUUUAGUAAAAAUUUCAAAUGAAUCAGAAGUUUCGGUGGUCUCAAGUAAAAAUCGUGUUUCAAGGCCGGCAUUCAAGAACGAACUACAAAAAAUUGCGGAGUCGCUAAGGAAAAACGGAGUUGAAUUGAUUGAUAAAAGUAAUUCUUUAGUUGGAGGAUCACUUAAAUAUGCCGCCCGAGUUGGCGAUAUUAAACUGGUCGAGCUGCGGAUUCGUCAAGGUGCCGAUGUUAAUGGUUCAGAGCGAAAAGGCAGUUCUCCACUUCACAUGGCAGCAUGGUACGGACAUCCCAAAAUCAUUGAACUUCUUAUUAAAAACGGAGCACGUCUUGAUUCAGUAUUAAAUGGACCAACGAAAAAUGGAUAUACGCCGCUACAUCUUGCAUGUUUAAACAAUAAAAUUAAGUGUGUAAAAGUUCUAUUAAAAUAUGGAGCAAGUGUUGCCCCAAAAUGCGCCGAUGUUCACCAUCCAAUCCACAUUGCGGUAUUUAAGAACUAUGUUGAAGUAGCGGCGUUGCUUUUGGACAAUGGCGCAGACGUAAAUCUACGAUAUAAUAAUAAAUUCUUUCAUAAUAAAUGGAAACAAUCAAUUUUUUGGAAGGACAUGGAUUUAACGCUGUUACACUGCUCGAUUGCUCGAAAAUAUAAAGAAAUGACAACAUUAUUAUUGGAGCAUGGAGCUGAUAUUUUUUUAAAUACAAGGUCAAAUAAAACAUCAUUGAUGCACGCUGUUGAAGCAAAAAAUGUAGAAUUGGUUAAAUCAUUUUUGGCGAAAGGUGCAAAUCCCAACGAUCGAGAUAUUUAUGGUGAACCAGUCGUGUUUUUCACGGUCUUAAAUGCCUAUAGUUAUCAAUCUACUUAUAAUAAAGAAGAAUUUCGUUUUCAUGACGAGAAAUUGCAUAUAAUUGGUCUUUUAUGCGAUGCCGGAGCUGACGCCAAUGCGAAAUUCCGAUCAAAUAGAUCUUUUGAUACACUUAUUCACUACGCGUGUAUGUAUGGACAGGAUACGAUCGCUACUUAUAUAUUUCAUUUGACCAAUUUUGAUUAUCGGAUCAUUGAUUGUGCAACAAUCCAACUUUCGAAAGUAGUACGGGGAGCUAUCUCCCGAGAUGAUGAAAAUGAUUCGAAAUUCAUAGAAGAUCUUUACCAAAGUUUUUUUCAGGUACAAUAUGAAUUAGUGAGCUGCAUAUUUCGUAUACAAGUGAUUGGUGUUCCAGUCAAAGAGGAAUUAUUAUCGGCAAUACACUCUUUUUCAGAUGACAGUCGCAGCCCAGAAGAUUACAGGCAAAUGCUCGAAGAUAUUAAAAGAGACCUCGGAGAUGAGAUCACAUACGCAAAGCAAAAAACAAUUGGAAAUACUGGAAUUUCUUUUUGGCAUGUAUUGACUUGUAAAAUGUCAGAGUUAGUAAAACUUUUAUUUCAGGAAGAUUUUCGAAAUUUACCUAUAAUUGAUUAUUUAGAAGAAUUGAAUCACUAUAAUGGUAUGAUUCAAGUUCGUUUGAAAUCUGCCAUUAAAAGAAGUAAAAGAAUUACUUUGAUAGAAAAAAGUAGGGAAAUAAUAUUUGAUUUAUUUCACACUCAUUUCCCGUAUGAUUGUUGCGAAAUAAUUGCAACAUCUUUCGAUGAUAAAGAACUAGAAGAUUUUAUGAAUCUUUGUAGCAACGAUAUAAUUUCGUCAAAUCCUUUAUUCCUUAGUUAUAGUAAAAAUUAUCUAAAAAAAAAAUUAUUUGAUUGUUUGUAUAUCGUCUAUCGUAUAAAACCUAUAAUUGAAAAUAUGUCGAGUGUUACAAGCAGUGAUAUUACUUCAAGUAAUCAAGUUCGAGAUGAAGACGAGAAUGUAGUCUCUAGUAAAAAUUGUGUUUCAAGGCCGGCAUUCAAGAACGAACUACAAAACAUUGCGGAAUCGCUAAGAAAAAACGGAGUUGAAUUGAUUGAUAAAAGUAAUUCUUUAGUUGGAGGAUCACUUAAAUAUGCCGUCCGAGUUGGCGAUAUUAAACUGGCCGAGCUGCGGAUUCGUCAAGGUGCCAAUGUUAAUGGUUCAGAGCGAAAAGGCAGUUCUCCACUUCACAUGGCAGCAUGGUACGGACAUCCCAAAAUCAUUGAACUUCUUAUUAAUAAUGGAGCACGUCUUGAUUCAGUAUUAAAUGGACCAACGAAAAAUGGAUAUACACCGCUACAUCUUGCAUGUUUAAACAAUAAAAUUAAGUGUGUAAAAGUUCUAUUAAAAUAUGGAGCAAGUGUUACCCCAAAAUGCGCCGAUGUUCACCAUCCAAUCCACAUCGCGGUAUUUAAGAACUAUGUUGAAGUAGCGGCGUUGCUUUUGGACAAUGGCGCAGACGUAAAUCUACGAUAUAAUAAUAAAUUCUUUCAUAAUAAAUGGAAACAAUCAAUUUUUUGGAAGGACAUGGAUUUAACGCUGUUACACUGCUCGAUUGCUCGAAAAUAUAAAGAAAUGACAACAUUAUUAUUGGAGCAUGGAGCUGAUAUUUUUUUAAAUACAAGGUCAAAUAAAACAUCAUUGAUGCACGCUGUUGAAGCAAAAAAUGUCGAGUUGGUUAAAUCAUUUUUGGCGAAAGGUGCAAAUCCCAACGAUCGAGAUAUUUAUGGUGAACCAGUCGUGUUUUUCACGGUCUUAAAUGCCUAUAGUUAUCAAUCUACUUAUAAUAAAGAAGAAUUUCGUUUUCAUGACGAGAAAUUGCAUAUAAUUGGUCUUUUAUGCGAUGCCGGAGCUGACGCCAAUGCGAAAUUCCGAUCAAAUAGAUCUUUUGAUACACUUAUUCACUACGCGUGUAUGUAUGGACAGGAUACGAUCGCUACUUAUAUAUUUCAUUUGACCAAUUUUGAUUAUCGGAUCAUUGAUUGUGCAACAAUCCAACUUUCGAAAGUAGUACGGGGAGCUAUCUCCCGAGAUGAUGAAAAUGAUUCGAAAUUCAUAGAAGAUCUUUACCAAAGUUUUUUUCAGGUACAAUAUGAAUUAGUGAGCUGCAUAUUUCGUAUACAAGUGAUUGGUGUUCCAGUCAAAGAGGAAUUAUUAUCGGCAAUACACUCUUUUUCAGAUGACAGUCGCAGCCCAGAAGAUUACAGGCAAAUGCUCGAAGAUAUUAAAAGAGACCUCGGAGAUGAGAUCACAUACGCAAAGCAAAAAACAAUUGGAAAUACUGGAAUUUCUUUUUGGCAUGUAUUGACUUGUAAAAUGUCAGAGUUAGUAAAACUUUCAUUUCAGGAAGAUUUUCGGAAUUUACCUAUAAUUGAUUAUUUAGAAGAAUUGAAUCACUAUUAUGGUAUGACUGAAGUUCGUUGGAAAUCUGCCAUUAAAAGAAGUAAAAGAAUUACUUUGAUAGAAAAAAGUAGGGAAAUAAUAUUUGAUUUAUUUCACACUCAUUUACCGUAUGAUUGUUGCGAAAUAAUUGCAACAUCUUUCGAUGAUAAAGAACUAGAAGAUUUUAUGAAUCUUUGUAGCAAAGAUAUAAUUUGUUAA